AAGUUAGUGUGAGCGCCGGACGGGCGGGGGGAGGAGGGCAAUCUCCCGCCAUUUUUCAAUAAUUUCCUCCGGGGCUGCCGAGGAGUCGCUGCGAACGCUGGAUUCCGGGGCUUUGGGCCGUGCUCCGUGGGAGGCCUGCAGACUCAAGGAAAGCGCGGCGGCGGCGGCGGCGGCGGCGGUGGUGGUGUGGGGGAGGGCUCCUCGUCCCCCUCCCGAGGGUUCUUCUCGUCGCGGCCUCCGCGCCGGCGGGGCUAGAGCGAGGAGAGUCGGGGCUCACGCCUCCCCCCGCCCGGGAGGGAGGGAGGGAGAGCGAGCGAGCGCGCGCAGCAGAGCGCGCGAGAGCAGCCUGCGCCGGGCCCAGAGCUAGGCCUAGCGUCGCGCGCCGGCCGGGGCCCGCGGAGCAGCCGCCCCCUCCCGCGCCCUGCGCGCCUCGCUACCCCCGUUGCCCCUCCGGGCCGGCCUCGGUCCCGCUUCUGCUCGGGCUCGGGCCGGGCCCGGCUCCCGCCGCCGCGAUGGCGCCGCUGCUGGGCCGCAAGCCGUUCCCACUGGUGAAGCCGCUGCCCGGAGAGGAGCCGCUCUUCGUCAUCCCGCACACGCAGGAGGCCUUCCGGACCCGGGAAGAGUACGAGGCCCGCCUGGAACGAUACAGUGAACGGAUCUGGACAUGUAAGAGCACCGGGAGCAGUCAGCUGACACACAAGGAGGCCUGGGAGGAAGAGCAGGAAGUGGCUGAGCUCUUGAAGGAGGAGUUCCCUGCCUGGUAUGAGAAGCUUGUGCUGGAGAUGGUCCACCACAACACAAUCUCCUUAGAGAAGUUGGUUGAUACUGCAUGGCUUGAGAUCAUGACCAAGUAUGCUGUAGGGGAGGAAUGUGACUUUGAGGUUGGGAAGGAAAAAAUGUUGAAGGUAAAGAUUGUGAAAAUUCAUCCUUUGGAGAAGGUGGAUGAGGAGAGCUCCGAGAAGAAAUCUGAUGGUGCCUGUGACUCUCCAUCAAGUGAUAAGGAGAACUCUAGUCAGGUGGCCCAGGAUCAUCAGAAGAAGGAUCCAGUCAUAAAAGAGGAUGAAGGCAGGAGAGAUAGUAUUAGUGACAGGGCACGCAGGUCUCCCAGAAAGCUCCCUACCUCCCUAAAGAAAGGGGAAAAGAAAUGGGCUCCUCCAAAAUUUCUGCCUCACAAAUAUGAUGUGAAACUGCAGAAUGAAGAAAAGAUCAUCAGUAAUGUCCCCGCAGACAGCUUGAUUCGCACCGAGCGGCCACCCAACAAAGAAAUUCUGCGGUAUUUUAUCCGCCAUAAUGCUCUCCGUGCUGGCACGGGUGAAAAUGCGCCUUGGGUGGUAGAGGAUGAGCUGGUGAGGAAACAUGCCCUGCCGAGCAAGUUCAAUGACUUUUUACUUGAUCCAUACAAGUACAUGACUCUCAAUCCUUCUACAAAGAGGAAAAAUAUUACAUCUCCUGAUCGGAAGCCCUCUAAGAAGCUGAAGACUGAGAGCUCUUCAGUGAACCAGGUGCUGAACCCCACAUUAUGGUGCCAUGUUCACCUAAAGAAGUCCUUGAAUGGCUCUCCCCUAAAAGUAAAGAACUCAAAGAAUUCCAAGUCUCCUGAGGAACAGCUGGAGGAGAUGAUGAAGAUGAUGUCUCCUGGGAAAUUAAAUACCACGUUUCACAUUCCCAAAAAGGGCCCCAUCUCCAAAAAGUUAGGGAAGAACGGGGACAAACCCUUGAAAACAAAGGGUAGGAGCAAAGGCAUUUUAAAUGGACAGAAAUCUCCCGGAAAAUCUAAAUCCCCCAAAAAGGGCUUGAAGACACCCAAAACCAAAAUGAAGCAGAUGACCCUACUAGACAUGGCCAAGGGUACCCAGAAAAUGACUCGAACUCCUCGGAGCUCUGGGGGCACGCCCAGGUCUUCCAACAAGCCCCAUAAGCACCUCCCUCCUGCUGCCCUCCACCUCAUUGCCUACUACAAGGAGAACAAAGACCGGGAGGACAAGAAGAGCGCCCUGUCAUGCGUUAUCUCCAAAACAGCCCGGCUGCUUUCCAACGAAGAUCGCGCCCGCCUUCCUGAAGAGCUCCGUGUCUUAGUUCAAAAGCGCUAUGAGCUUCUGGAGCAUAAGAAGAAGUGGGCUUCGAUGUCUGAAGAACAGCGCAAGGAGUAUUUGAAAAAGAAACGGGAGGAGUUGAAGGAGAAGCUGAAAGAGAAAGCCAAGGAACGGAAAGAGAAAGAAAUGUUGGAGAGACUGGAGAAGCAGAGGCGUUAUGAGGACCAAGAGCUGACAGGCAAGAGCCUGCCCUCUUUCCGGCUGGUGGAUACCCCCGAAGGACUUCCCAACACCCUCUUUGGGGACGUUGCUAUGGUGGUCGAAUUCUUGAGCUGUUACUCUGGGCUGCUCCUGCCUGAUGCCCAGUACCCCAUCACUGCAGUGUCUCUCAUGGAGGCCUUGAGUGCUGACAAGGGAGGCUUCUUAUACCUGAACAGAGUGCUGGUCAUUCUCCUACAAACCCUGCUUCAAGACGAAAUUGCUGAGGACUAUGGGGAGCUGGGGAUGAAGCUCUCUGAGAUCCCUCUGACGCUGCACUCUGUAUCUGAGCUUGUUCGUCUCUGUUUGCGUAGAACGGAUGUGCCUGAGGAGAGUGAGGGCUCGGACACAGUUGAUGAAAACAAAGAGACAGCCCCCUUUGAGGACAAUGAGGUCCAAGAUGAGUUUCUGGAGAAGCUUGAGACUUCUGAGUUUUUUGAGCUGACAUCAGAAGAAAAGCUGCAGAUCCUAGCUGCCCUCUGCCACCGAAUCCUGAUGACCUACUCUGUGCAGGACCACAUGGAGGCCAAGCAGCAGAUGUCAGCAGAGUUGUGGAAGGAGCGACUUGCUGUUCUGAAGGAGGAGAAUGACAGGAGACGGGCUGAGAAACAGAAGCGGAAAGAGAUGGAAGCCAAAAACAAAGAGAACGGGAAGGAAGAGAAUGGGUUGGCCAAAUCGGACAAAAAAAAAGAGGUGGCCAAGAUCGAGCCGCCGGUAGAAGUGGAGGCAGAGGACAUGAUCAGUGCCGUGAAGAGCAGGCGUCUGCUGGCCAUGCAGGCCAAGAAGGAGCGCGAGAUCCAGGAGCGCCAGCUGAGAGUAAAAUUGGAGCGAGAAGCUGAGGAGGAGAGAAUCCGGAAGCACAAAGCGGCUGCUGAGAAGACUUUCCAGGAGGGAAUCGCCAAGGCCAAGCUGGUCAUGCGCAGGACUCCCAUUGGCACAGACCGGAACCACAACAGGUACUGGCUAUUUUCAGAUGAAGUUCCUGGAUUAUUCAUUGAGAAGGGCUGGGUGCAUGAUAGCAUAGACUACCGAUUCACUCCACCUCGAAAAGACAGGACAGACUGUUCUGAGGAGGAUUGCAAUUCCCGAGGUAAAAAAACCAGCCUAGGGAAGAAUGCAGGUGUGACCACCCACUCUGGCUCUGCAGCAGAAGGCUCUGUCGAAAGCACUGUGCCCAAGCAAGGACAGAACUUGUGGUUUUUAUGUGAUAGCCAAAAGGAACUGGAUGAAUUGCUGAACUGCCUUCACCCUCAGGGAAUAAGGGAAAGCCAGCUGAAGGAGAGACUGCAGAAGAGAUACCAGGACAUCACCCAUUCUAUCCAUCUGGCUCGGAAACAGAACUUGGGCCUGAAAUCCUGUGAUGGCAAUCAGGAGCUCCUCAACUUCCUCCGCAGUGACCUCAUUGAGGUGGCGACUCGAUUGCAAAAGGGGGGCCUCGGCUAUGUUGAGGAGACAUCAGAAUUUGAAGCCAGGGUUUUCUCGCUGGAGAGUCUAAAGGAUUUUGGGGAGUGUGUGAUUUCCCUUCAGGCCAGUGUCAUCAAGAAAUUUCUUCAAGGUUUCAUGGCUCCGAAACAAAAGAGAAGGAAACACCAAGAAGAUUCAGUAACAAAGAAUGAAGAAGUAGAUGAAGAGAAGAAGAUGGCCGAAGAAGCGAAGGUUGCUUCAGCCUUGGAGAAAUGGAAAAUAGCAAUCCGAGAGGCCCAGACCUUCUCUCGAAUGCACGUGCUUCUUGGAAUGCUUGAUGCCUGCAUCAAAUGGGACAUGUCUGCAGAGAAUGCCAGGUGCAAAGUGUGUCGGAAGAAAGGUGAAGAUGACAAGUUGAUCCUAUGUGAUGAGUGCAAUAAAGCCUUCCACCUGUUUUGCCUGAGGCCGGCACUGUAUGAGAUUCCAGAGGGAGAGUGGCAAUGCCCAGCCUGCCAGCCUGCUACUUCCCGACGAAGCUGUAGGGGCAGGAAUUACACUGAAGAUUCAGAUGAUGAGGACGAUGGAGAAGAGGGGGAUUCAGAGGACGAAGAAGAGGAGGAGGAGGAAGAAGAGGAGGAAGAUUAUGAAGUGGCUGGAGUUCGAUUACGACCCCGAAAGCCAGCCCGGGGCAAGCAUAGUGGCAUCUCCUCCACUUCAAGGCCAGGCCGUCGUGCAGGCAAGAAGUUACAUCCUUCCAGGAGAGCCCGGCAGAGGGCCCUGUCGGUAGAUGAGGCCGAAGUUGAUGAGCUGGUGCUUCAGACCAAAAGAGGCUCUCGAAGGCAGACCUUGGAGUUACAGAAGUGUGAAGAGAUCCUUACCAAGCUCAUUAAGUUCCGAUUCAGCUGGCCUUUCAGGGAGCCUGUGACCACCGAGGAGGCAGAAGAUUACUUUGAGGUCAUCAGCCACCCCAUGGACUUCCAGACAAUGAAGAAUAAAUGCUCAUGUGGCGCUUACCGGUCAGUGCAGGAAUUCCUGUCUGACAUGAAGCAGGUGUUUGCCAACGCGGAGCAUUACAACUGCCACGGCAGCCACGUGCUGACCUGCCUGGCGAAGACGGAACAGUGCCUCGUGGCCUUGGUGCACAAGCACCUCCCAGGCCACCCAUACGUCCGCAGGAAGCGCAAGAAGCUCCCGGACCAGCCCCUGGAGGGGGAAGUGGGGGACAGUGACCCAGAGCUGCCGGGACAUUCCAGGGGUCGGAAGAGGAAGAAAUAAAAGGAGGCCAGGGAUGGUGUCCAGGGUGGUGGUGGCGGUGGGGGGAGAAGACUGAUCAGGGCUCCCAGGGAAUGGUUCAGAGGGAACAAGAGUGACCCUUCUCUGAGGCCUGACCUUGCCACUACUGCUGCUGCUGCCACCGCCGCUGCCACUACAGAGAGAACUGAGCACCUGCUUCCCAUGUAAUAAAUGUUGUUAGGCAAUGUUGGUACUAGGUUGGCUUCUGUGCCCAGGGUGAUCUCAAGAGGGAUGGGACAGGGACGGGGGUGGGCACUCCUGCCGCCAUGUUGAAAUUGUUAGGAAGUCAGUGAAAUGCCAUGGGGUUCCCUGCCCCCCCCCCCCCCAUUCCCCCUUGCUGAGAGUUCUCUCCUUUCCAGCCCCUGGGGGGCUACCAUAGAGGGCUCUGGUGCCUUCUGCGGCUGCCUGCAGAGCCAAGCCCUGGCUUUUAGCGCAGGGGAAGGAUUGCUUUGCUACACAGGACCAAGAGUAACCAGGCCAAUGGGCUAUUGAUUUUUAAAAUAUAUAUAUAUACACACACAUACAUACAUAUAUAUAUAUAUUUAUAUAUGGUCUUGAUUUUUUGGAACCCCCCUCUCCCGGUUCUUUCUCCACCCCCCCCAUUCAGAGGUCAGUUCAUUUCUCACCAGCAUCAUGAGGCAGUUUGGCUUUGAGGUGGUCUUGGUGGGCCUGAGGGGGCGUUCCCUUCCUCCUUCCACCCCACCCCCACCCAGCUGAGGCACUUCACUAUUUAAAAGACUGGAGGUUCCUGCUCCCUUAGUCGGCUUCUAAUCAUGCGGCCAAGUCCUUCUCUGGACGAGUCUGGCCCCCAGCCCGUCUCAGCCGGACCAGGUCUGGGGAGCAGAACAAAGCAGGAAGAAUUUGAACGUGGAACUUUUUUUAAAAAUUGAUUUUUCUAGCUAUUAAAAGUUGCUUGUUUCAGCAGUGAUACUGUAUAAAGAAUACCUUGUAAAAUAAUUCUGUCGUCUUGCUUUGGCACAUGUACAGGACAAUUUAUAUGAAAGCUGUGUUUGCUUAAUCCUUGUCUCCCCCUUCCCAGCUCGUUGAAAGCCAGAAGGGUUGGGGAGGGGGUCUCCAGUCUUGGCUUCCUGACAGCAAUGCUGCUCCCCCCAGCUCCUUCCUCUUGCCAAGUGUGGAGGCCCCAGACUCCAGCUUGGAGAAUCUGAGGAUUUCAGUAGCCCCAGAAGGGGGGGGGGCAGAUGGAGAGCCUCUUCCUUGGUCAGUCCUUAGCCCCUAGUUGUUGUAUUUAGGCAAAACUUUGUAGUCCUGAUUCCCUUUUAUGGCCAACUUUGAUAAAAAAAAAUACAGAACAGGGUUAAAUUUUUUCUAUCAAGUUUGAAUUUGGAAACUGUGAGCCAAACAGCUCUAAUGUACCUAUUUAAAUAAACCCACGAAAGUGAUGUAACUCCUAGGAUUUGAGAAUAAAAUCUUUACUACUAAACUGCAAGGUGUGUGUCCCUAUAUAUCUUAUCUUGGUGGCAGAGAAAGAUGUGGGAGGGACUUGCUCCCAGUGGCUGAUGGGAAUCGCUUGUUCCCAGCUUUCUCUUGUCUAAACCUGGAGCCAGUGACAACCUCCACAGCCCUGACCUCCACCCCGAAGGCCCAACUCUUCUUGUUAAAUAUUGAGCAUCUGAUGUUGCUUCAGUGACGUCUGAAUUGUAUGUUUCCUUUUUUUGUUUUUAAAAAUUGUCAUUCAGGAGGGAAAGGGCCUGCCAAAGACCAGGCUUGUAAUAAAUUGGAAUUUCAAACAAUAAA